AGUGACAAGAAGGCCCGGCGGGUAGAGAGAGGGAGGGAGGGAGCCCUGCUGCUGUUGCCCGCCUCCGGGGGACGAGGACGAGGAGCCCCAGGCCAGAGCCCCCGGCCCCACAGUCCCUGAAGCCCGCCGGCUGGCAGAGGGGCGUGGGCGACCAUGAGCCAAAGGCAGGUCCUGCAAGUCUUUGAGCAAUACCAGAGAGCCAGGACCCAGUUUGUGCAAACAGUGGCAGAACUGGCGACUAGGCCGCAAAACAUUGAGACCCUCCAGAAUGCAGGUGUAAUGGCUCUGCUGAGACCGCUUCUAUUGGACGUGGUUCCAAAUAUUCAACAGACAGCUGCCUUGGCUCUUGGGAGACUCGCCAAUUACAAUGAUGACCUGGCAGAAGCGGUAGUGAAGGGGGAUAUUCUUCCACAGCUUGUCUAUUCAUUGGCUGAACAGAAUCGUUUCUACAAGAAGGCCGCUGCAUUUGUCUUGAGAGCAGUUGGGAAACAUUCGCCUCAACUAGCCCAAGCAAUAGUUGAUUGCGGAGCAUUAGACACACUGGUGAUCUGCUUGGAGGAUUUUGAUCCUGGAGUAAAGGAAGCUGCAUCCUGGGCUCUUGGCUAUAUAGCCAGACACAAUGCAGAACUGUCACAGGCAGUGGUGGAUGCGGGAGCCAUCCCUCUUUUAGUGCUCUGUAUCCAAGAGCCGGAGAUCGCCCUGAGAAGGAUUGCUGCUUCGGCGCUCAGUGAUAUUUCAAAACAUUCUCCGGAGCUGGCGCAGACUGUGGUGGAUGCAGGGGCCAUUGCUCACUUGGCUCAGAUGAUCCUCAACCCCGAUGCCAAACUGAAGCGUCAGGUGCUCUCAGCUCUCAGCCAGAUAGCAAAGCACUCUGUGGAUCUGGCAGAAAUGGUGGUGGAAGCAGAAAUUUUCCCUGUUGUGCUCACAUGCCUGAAGGACUCCGAUGAAUACGUCAAGAAAAAUGCAGCAACUCUAAUUAGAGAGAUAGCGAGGCAUACGCCUGAGCUUUCGCAACUGAUAGUGAAUGCUGGGGGAGUCGCUGCUGUGAUCGAUUGCGUUGGCAGCUGCAAAGGGAAUGUCCGGCUCCCUGGAAUCAUGAUGCUGGGCUACGUGGCAGCCCAUUCAGAGAACCUGGCCAUGGCGGUGAUAAUCUCCAAGGGGGUGCCACAGCUGGCUGUGUGCUUGUCUGAAGAGCCAGAAGAUCAUAUUAAGGCAGCAGCUGCUUGGUCCUUGGGACAGAUUGGGAGACACACCCCAGAACAUGCCCGUGCAGUGGCGGUAGCCAACGUCUUGCCUGUGUUCCUUUCCCUGUAUAUGGCAAGUGAAAGUUCAGAAGAUCUUCAAGUCAAGACUAAGAAAGCCUUAAAGAAUAUCCUCCAGAAAUGCACUUAUCUACCGGCGCUCGAGCCCUUGCUCCAUGAUGCUCCUCCCAACAUUCUGAAGCAUAUCGUUGGACAGUUUAGUAAAGUUCUGCCACACGAUGCCAAAGCCCGACGCCUUUUCGUGACAAGUGGUGGCCUUAAAAAGGUCCAGGAGAUAAAAGCAGAGCCUGGCUCACUUCUCCAGGAGUACAUCCAUACUAUUAACAAUUGUUAUCCCGAGGAGAUAGUCAGGUACUAUUCCCCUGGAUAUUCUGAAGCUCUUCUGGAAAGGAUAGAAAAUUAUCAGCCCAUUCUAUAAACUUUUCAGCAUUUAUGACUUGAAUAUUUUUUCCUCUAUUCCCUACCUGUAUUUUUGAGGCUUAUAUAGUUUGGGAAACUCUAGUCUAUGGGAUAGUUAGCCUUCUGUCCUGUCCAGUUAUAACAGGAGGAUAACACCCUUCUCUUCUGCAAGCCGCACUUAGUUUUUCUACGAUCCAAGACUGUUGUGUGUCUGUGUAUUCAGAGGUCUACAUUUCUCAGAAUUCCUUGAGGACUUGAAAAUGCAGAAUUCACCUCCUUUUCUGAAUGUACUAGUCCUGCAGUCUUCAGAGAAAUUAUCAAUUAGAUGCUUGAGAUUAAAAAGUUGUUCCAGCAGAUCAGAAUGUUAGUAUGUUAGUCUGAAACAGCAUAAUUCUCAUUCAACACAAUGGUAUUUGCAUGGAGGUGCAGUUUGCAGUUCAGUUUGAGAAAGCAGGAACUGUCUCCAAACAUGCAGAUGAGCAGUGGACUGUGCCCUUCACUCUCCCAUUUUUUUGAUUGGCUGCUGCUGCGGCUUCCACCGCAGAACUAUCUCAGACACCCUGAACAACUAACAUGUGACUGUAAAACCCUUUGAAUUAAUGGCCAUUCGAUUUUUUAGCAUCCAGCUAAUGGGACAUCUUCUACUCUAUGUAACUUUGAUGAGACAGCUGCAACUCUCAGUAAUUUUUAGGAGUGGAUUUCAGGAGAACUUCUGUCUGGGUAAUAGACCGCUGGUAAAGAUUGGUAAGUAGUUAAAAUAAAAAUAAACAUUGCAGUGAAUUUUG